AUGGCUGCGACAAGUUAUAUGUUAUUUCUCAGCUGCAUAAUGCUAACGAUUUUUCAAUCUCUGAAAACUGUUGAACUAUUCUAUUCUCGUCGAGAGAUUCCAAAAGUGAUUCUAAAGAAUUUUAAUCGUUUAUGGGUUGUCAUCACAAUCAGUUUUGGCUUUCCAAUCGUUCUAUCAUUGUUUCUCUACUUUUUCUCGUAUUUCUUCCAACGUCAGGAUGAUUAUUGUUGGGUGAGACAUGAUAUUAUUGAAUACGCGAUUGUCAUUCCGCUAUCGUUUCUAUUAGCGAAUGCUGUUUUGUGUACAGCUUUAGUGGCAAGGAAGUUAUUUUAUCGAGGAACGUCAAGCUCGAGGAUCAUGCUAACACGAGCACAUAUCAGACAACGUGUCUACACACUGAUUCUCAUGCAAUUAACCCUUGGAAUGCCUUGGAUCCUCCAAUACCUCACUUUAUUCUCCCCAACCGUCUCUGCUUAUCAUUAUUUGUUUACUUUUGCGAAUGGAAGUCAAGGAGUUAUGUUGUUUAUUUUAUGGAUAUUUAGAAGAUAUCGACAAAAUGUUACGGCUCGUCGCCAUAAAAACGACACAACAAACACGAAAACGAAUGGAACAGGAGAAACGAAUUUUGAAAGUGAA